UUUUCAGUGAGGGUCGGCUGACUGAGCUCCUCUGCAUUAGGUGGCGGAAUGCGCGCGCGUCGCUGCUCGCAGAAUGUGGCGUAUAAUAAAGAAGAACAAUCUUCCCCAGCUUUGGAUCAAAGGUAGCACUAGCACCUUAGCAAACAAAUCCAGGAUAGUAUUUGGUCUCUGUGGUGCUUUUCAAAACACUGUUAAUCGCUUAACGCUGGAUAGGCGAGCGAAAAUCGUAGAAUCAGAGUUCGUGCGCGCAUGUAAUGCGAUGAGCGCGAGAAUUAGCAUCUGCUGUGAACGCGAGCUUCAGAGCUAACGGCUGCUGAUAACGGGCAGCCGACGAGGAAUUACCGCUUUUAUUGUCCUUAGUCGGUUUUGUUACUCUCUUGUCAAGAACAGCUUAGAGCAGUUGGCAAACAGUGGCUGGAGAAACAGUAACAUAAACGGGGGCUAGUCUGCGCUACUUUUGCCGGUGAAAUGCAUGCGUAAGAUGUUAGCCGAGCACGUAUAGCCUCAGAAGCUCCCGUCUUUAUAGCUUUCCUACGGUCUUGUGGAGUUUGACAGUGUGUUGCAUUUAAUGCCAGUUACACAUUCAACAAGGAAAGGGGCUGUUCCAAAGUUCACCGGACAGCAUGGGAAUUGUACAUAAGAAGGCAUCUUAGCGCUUAGACCUGGUCCCACGACAAGAUUUAGGUAAGAUCGCACCUGUACGAGCCCGCUGAAGCAGACAGAGUGAAGAUCAGUGAGUGCGUGCCACAGUCAACAUCAUGUCUGAGGACACCAGCGUGGACAGAUUCAUAAAGGAGACAUCCAUCCUGGAAGAGUAUAACAUCAAUUGGACACAGAAGCUAGGAGCUGGGAUCAGUGGUCCUGUGAGGGUGUGUGUAAAGAAGUCGACACAAGAACGGUUUGCCCUGAAAAUCUUGAUUGACAGACCCAAAGCCCGCAAUGAGGUUAGGCUUCAUAUGAUGUGUGCCUCUCACCCCAACAUUGUGAAAAUAAUGGAGGUGUAUGCCAACAGUGUGCAGUUUCCCCAUGAAUCCAGUCCAAGGGCAAGAUUACUGAUUGUCAUGGAAAUGAUGGAAGGUGGCGAGUUGUUCCACAGAAUCAGCCAGCACAAGCACUUUACAGAGAAGAUGGCCAGCCAGGUCACUAAACAGAUAAGCCUUGCAUUACAACACUGUCAUUCAUUAAAUAUUGCACAUCGAGACCUGAAACCAGAGAACCUGCUCUUCAAGGACAAUUCACUGGAUGCUCCUGUAAAACUGUGUGAUUUUGGUUUUGCCAAAAUCGACCAAGGUGAUUUAAUGACCCCACAGUUCACUCCAUACUAUGUAGCACCGCAGGUGCUGGAGGCACAGAGACGCCACCAGAAAGAAAAGUCUGGAAUUAUACCUACCUCACCCACACCUUACACAUACAACAAGAGCUGUGACCUAUGGUCCUUAGGGGUGAUUGUCUAUGUAAUGCUCUGCGGAUAUCCUCCAUUUUACUCCAAACACCACAGCCGUACCAUCCCAAAAGAUAUGCGCAAAAAAAUCAUGACUGGCAGCUUUGACUUCCCAGAGGAGGAGUGGAGUCAAAUAUCUGAAAUGGCCAAGGACAUUGUCCGCAAGCUACUUAAAGUGAAGCCCGAGGAGAGACUAACCAUAGAGGGAGUGUUAGCCCAUCCCUGGCUCAACUGCACUGAAGCGCUGGACAAUGUGCUUCCGUCUGCUCAAAUGAUGAUGGACAAGGCAGUUGUGGCUGGAAUCCAACAGGCCCAUGCUGAACAACUGGCCAACAUGAGGAUACAGGACCUGAAUCUCAGUCUAAAGCCACUCAACUCUGUCAACAACCCCAUUUUGAGAAAGAGAAAGCUACUUGGCACCAAACCCAGUGAUGAACUUUUCAUCAAUGAUCCUGAGAAUGAGGCAGAGGACACCAACGUGGCUCUGGAAAAACUACGAGAUGUAAUUGCACAGUGCAUCUUACCACAGGCUGGUGACAAUGAGGAUGAGAAGCUAAAUGAAGUUAUGCAUGAAGCGUGGCGAUUCAAUCGAGAUUGCAAACUACUCAGAGAGGGAUUGCAAGGGUUAAGUUGGGAUGGUAGAUCAUUUUCAGACAAAGUAGAUCGCUUAAAGCUGGCUGAAAUUGUCAAACAGGCCAUUGAAGAAAAGACAAAUUUACAGGACUCCCAAUAGCAAGUGCUGAAAUUUUAAUCCCUUUUGUACUGUUAAUUAUAAUUGUCAUUAGGCAUAUGAUUGCAAAAUGUUUUUGUAUUAAAUUGCAGACCUUUUUCCAUGGUCAUACUGUAGUCUGUUGUAAAUCUCUAGCUGAAACCAAGUUGUUGUUGGAAUGAUUUGUUUUCACUACAGACUGCAGUAAAGAAAUGUUUUAAAGAAAUUGCAGAGAAGUUUUCAUUUCUGAUUUUCAUAAUGAAAAAUAGGGGGGAAAUAUCUAUAUUAGAUAACAUUUUAUAAUUCACCUUAGCUCAGUUAAUUUAAUUAAAUCAAAAAAUGUUGUCACUAAUUAAAAAGAAGAAAAGAUAAUGUUAUGCAGUAAAAAAUGUGGGACACUAAAUUGGUGUACAGUAAUGCACAGAUUGGAAUGCAAAGUUUCAUAAAGAUGGAUAAUUUAAUUUGAGAGUUAAUUUGUCCUAAAAAUUUUACCUUUUGACUAUUAGGUGGCCCUGCUAGCAAACUUAUGUUGUAUUAUCAGAGGAUGCUUACAGUGGCAUCUGUCAGGUCAAUGAAGAUCUAAUGAAUGCUGUAGGAAUAAAAUAAAGUUAUCUCAUUCUGAAUAUUCUUUAGAGGUCAUGAGUCUUUAAAAUGAAUGGAUUUGUGUUUGUAAAAUCUGGGAAAAAAACUUUUUUUUUUUUUUUUUUUUUUGUACUCAUAGCAUUCUUAGAAAUUUCUGUUUGGUAAAGUGUUUAAGAACUUGGCAUAACUAGAAAAAUGUAUGUUCAUCAUAGAAAUAUCCUUCACUUGAGAUUUUAUGAGUUUCUGUGGCUUUUGUUCAACUCUGGUAGGUACGUAAAAUUCUCACAGUGGAGCUGAAGUGUUUAUGGUGGAGCCUUGACGACUCUUGGUUGCUAUGACAGAAUAACAAUCUUAUAGAAAGAUAAAAUGAUUUGUGAUUGUCUGCAGAUUUUCAGUGACUCUUUCUGCAGGUUAAACCAGUAGGUGAUGACAAGUGACUGUCUUUAUGAGCGAGUCACUGAAUCAUUCACUCCAUAAUUUCAUUAAAAAAUGCUGAUACCACAGUAUUAUAUCGCCAUAUGCAUUGGCAGUAGCAAUAAUCUACAACUACAGCAAUAACCAACAGCAGCAGCAGUGUAGCAGAUCUAUUCCACCAAGACCAAAUACAUUAACAUGGUCAUAUCCAUCACCAUGCUAAAAUCUUCUGAGAGUUGUCAUGAUUAAAAUGCGUUUAUGCCAUCUCUGAGCAGCUUUACACUGUCUGUGGAAAAGCACCUAAAUGCUACUUCAGAAGCACAUCUGUGCCACCUUUGCAGUGUAAAUUUGGCACAGACCCAUUUUAAAUCUUAUAUUUAUGUCUAAAGAAUUAGAAUUUCAAUCACACAUUGAAGCUGUGCUUCGAAUAAUAAAUUUGAUGAUUUAUA